CACCCUCAUGAGUGGAGUGACACUAACAAGGUUUUGAUAGUGGAUGUGAGUGAAGCGAUGCAUAUAGUGGAUGGAUGUGGAGGAUAUAGGUGCCAGGCAUCCUGAGGCCUUUCGUCAGAACGACAGGCAGACUUCAGCAGCAACAAGAGAAAACACAGCAAAGAAACCGGGCAGCAGCACUGGAAGAUUUGCCAAUGCCACCUUAGUGCGACUGGCAGAAUUUUUGAGUGCCGGUUAUAAGAAAGGAGUGAGACCAGUGAAAGACUGGAACACCCCUACUAACGUGGAAAUUGACCUCAUGGUAUACUCUAUCCUUAAUGUGGAUGAGAAGAAUCAGGUGUUAACAACAUACGUCUGGUAUAGACAGUCAUGGAAAGAUGAGUUCCUGGUGUGGGAUUCACAGGACUUUGAUGGAGUCAAAAAAAUUUCCAUACCCACGGCUAAUGUUUGGGUUCCUGACAUCCUCAUCAAUGAGUUUGUAGACGUGGGGAAGUCUCCAGACAUUCCUUACGUUUAUGUCACAGAUGAUGGAGUUGUGCGCAACUACAAGCCCAUCCAGGUUGUAACAGCGUGCACUCUCAAUAUCUACAACUUCCCAUUUGAUGUACAGAAUUGCAGCCUCACCUUCCAAAGCUGGCUCCAUACCAUUGAUGACAUCAACAUCACCCUGAUGCGAGAGCCCGAGGAACUCAGUAAAGACAAGAGUGUCUUCAUGAACCAAGGAGAGUGGGAGUUACUUCAUGUACUAUCCAAAUAUAAGAACUUCAGUGUGGACAAAGAAGAGUAUUACGCUGAAAUGAAAUUUCAUGUGGUGAUCCGACGGCGACCAUUAUUCUACACCGUGAACCUGCUGCUGCCCAGCAUCUUCCUAAUGGUGAUGGACAUUGUGGGUUUCUAUCUGCCACCAGACAGUGGAGAGAGAGUUUCAUUCAAGAUCACUUUGCUGCUGGGCUACUCUGUCUUCCUCAUCAUUGUGUCUGACACUCUGCCUGCCACUGCCAUAGGAACCCCGCUAAUUGGUGUGUACUUUGUGGUUUGCAUGGCCCUCCUAGUAAUCAGCCUAACAGAAACUGUGCUGAUUGUACGUCUGGUCCACAAACAAGACCUGCAGCCCCCUGUGCCCCAGUGGCUGAAGUAUCUGGUGUUGGAAAGAGCUCCAGUCCUUUUCUGCAUCCACAAAAAGCACCGGCUAUGUUCCAGACUUUCCUCUCAGUCCACUGACAUGGAGAACUACAAGGAAAACAACUAUGGAACUGCCCCGUGCUCACUCCACCACACCUGUGAAAUCGGUCGAAAGCUCAGCCAGCAUGAGAGAGAAGGUGGGCUGCUUGGACUGCACUUGACUCCAGCUAAGGACAACGUGCCACCUCUCAUGGACAACAUCCUGCAAGAGGUGACAACGAUACGUCACUUCCUGGAGAAGAGGGACAAGUGCCGUGAAAUUGCCAAGGAGUGGCUCCAGGUUGGCUAUGUGCUUGACGUGCUGCUCUUCAGAGUCUACUUGGUGGCCGUGGUGGCCUACAGCAUCACCCUGGGCACACUGUGGUCUGUUUGGCAGGCCGCCUAAGUUAUACCACUGUACUGCUGUGGGCACAAGCUUGAAGCAGGAAAUCAAGAAUGCCAGAGUUAGUCGGUCUGUGCCACAUGUAGCUCAUAGGAUACAUUAAGGCACUCACAUAGCAACUGGAUAUGAAACAAUACAAAUAGUCCCACACACAUGAAAAUGCAACUACUAUCCAUCAUUAUGAGGGAUUACAAAGAAUGAGAAGCAAGAACAGAAGGAUGAGACUGAGAUCUGCAAGACAAACAUACAUGAAAAUACAGCAUAAAAUACAGGUAACUAUCACAUAAAACCUGGACGAAUAUAGCAAAACUGCUGUGACAAACCAGGAGAUACACAUAAAAAAAGUAAAAUCGGUAAAAGUGGUGACAUUAAGGUUGUUAUCGCAGAUGUUGCUGUGUCAAAUUUGAACUCAAGUAGUCUACAGACGUUGUUGUUGGGUUAAGUGGUGAGUGGUAGGCUCUGGGAGCAGAAGAUAUAUGUGAGAUAAAUAAAGUGCUUAAUGUGCAUACAAGAAAAGUGCUAUGUAAAUGCAAGUCCAAAUAUCCAGCAUGUGUGUUAUCUGUACAUUAAUUUAUGUUAGUGAGGCAAGAAGUCCAUUUUAAUAACUGCUUUGCAUACGAGCGAUGUUGUUUGUUUAUUUAGGUUCUGUUUUGGACAGAAGACUGUUAAUUAUUUUCAUGCUUCAAAGCAUGAGAAAUAUGUGAAAUCUAUUGAAUUCUUUUUAUUUCACACUUUCUGGUGUUUUUGUGCCAUCAAGAGAUGAUAUAUAAUUAUAUACAGUGAAAAAACACAAUGUCUGUAUAAUUAUACACUGAAAAAAUGUAUAAUGUUAAAAAAAUGUAAAAUGCAUAAUGUUGAUUUACAACCAGUUAAAAAUACCACUGGGUAGUCAUCAAA